UCGGCGCCCGAAGAAGCGGAAUCCGCGCGAGCGAUUGAACAUGGCGGAGGGCGCUGCCUCAGGGGCUCUGAGUCUGCGGGGCUGUGCAGACGGGAAGGAUGCGGACCCCCCGGAGGAGCGGAUGGCUGAAACGGAGGGAGACGACCUGGAGAAGAUUGAGUGCCAGGAACUGCUCGAGUUCCAGGUGCUGCUGGGGGCCCCCGAGGAGGGGGAGGAAGCGGGCCUGAUGGCCGAGGCCGAGGCUGUGGCUGCGGGCUGGAUGCUCGAUUUCCUCUGCCUCUCUCUUUGCCGAGCCUUCCGUGACGGCCGCUCGGAGGACUUCCACCGGACCCGCGACAGCGCCGAGGCUAUCAUUCAUGGAUUAUCCAGUCUAACAGCUUACCAGUUGAGAACUGUAUACAUAUGUCAGUUUUUGACAAGAAUUGCAGCAGGAAAAACCCUUGAUGCACAGUUUGAAAGUGACGAACGAAUUACACCCUUGGAAUCAGCCCUGAUGAUUUGGGAUUUAAUUGAAAAGGAGCGUGACAAACUUCAUGAAGAAAUACAGAAUUUAAUUAAAAUUCAGGCUAUAGCUGUGUGUAUGGAAAAUGGCAAUUUUAAGGAAGCAGAAGAAGUCUUUGAAAGAAUAUUUGGUGACCCAAAUUCUUACACGCCUUUAAAAAGGAAAUUGCUUAUGAUAAUCUCUCAGAAAGACACAUUCCAUUCCUUUUUUCAACAUUUGAGCUUCAACCACAUGAUGGAAAAAAUUAAGACUUACGUGAAUCAGGUGCUAAAUGAAAAGUCAUCAACCUUUCUAAUGAAGGCAGCAGCAAAAGUAGUGGAAAGUAAAAGAACAAGGACAGUAACUUCUCAAGAUAAACCUAAUGGUAAUGAUACCGAAAUAGAAACUGAAGCUAAUUUGUAUACAAGAAAAAGUGUUAGUGACAAACAGUCUGCGGUAACUGAAUCCUCAGAGGGUACAGUAUCCUUAUUGAGGUCUCACAAGAAUCUCUUCUUAUCUAAGUUGAAACAUGGAAGCCAGCAACAAGACCUUAAUAAGAAAGAAGAAAGAGUGGGAACUCUUCAAAGAGAAAGAACGAUAAAAGAGAGAAGAGCCAGUGAAAGAAUGAGAAAACAUGUUUCAAAAAGUCAAGCAGUAAGUCCUGAGAAACAACGAUCUAGGAAAAAACAGGCAUGGCUUUGGGAAGAAGACAAGAAUUUGAGAUCUGGAGUGAGGAAAUAUGGAGAGGGAAACUGGACUAAAAUACUAUUACAUUAUAAAUUCAACAAUCGCACAAGUGUCAUGUUAAAAGACAGGUGGAGGACUAUGAAGAAACUAAAACUGAUUUGCUCAGACAGUGAAGACUGAAUGUGUUUGUAAAGCUUGAUAAAGGGACAGUUAAAUAUUUUGAUCACUGCAUUUCGUUUGAAACUUGCUGGUCAUUAAUGUGUCUUAACAUUUUUUGUUUAAAGCAUUACAGUAUUUUUCUGUGAUAGUCAAUGUGAGGGUUUGUGCUAUAAGAGUAAAAUUAUAUGCCAUCAUUGUAUUCUUUAAGAAUCUUUUUAUUUUGAUAAAAUGUGCAUUUGUUGAACCUUGUCACAUUCAAUAUCCCUAUCCCCAAAUCCUGUUCCAAUAAAAAAAUUAAAACCUGGUAAGA